AUGACUUUGGAGGAACUAAAACAACAGCGCACCAUUAUCAAGAAAAAUAUUUCUCGGAUAAAAACUGUAAUUGAUGCCAGUGUCAAGGGAGAAAAACCCCUAUCUUCUGCAGAUUUGAAGUGUCGUCUUGGAAUUCUGGAGUCAUACUUCAAACAAGUCUUAUCUAUUCAAAGUAAAAUUGAAAAUUUGGAUGCAGAAGAUAAUGGUCGUGCAGAUAUUGAAGACUCCUACUGCUACAUCAAUUCCCAAAUUCAACAACAACUUUCUGAAGAUGGACAUAAUACAACCUUUACCGACUCGUCAUUUGCUGUAUCUGUUCCCACAAACAAACUUCCUCGCUUAAAACUACCCACAUUUAAUGGUAAAUACAGUGACUACAAAAAUUUUAUUACAUCUUUCAAGCAAAUAAUCGAUCGUGAACAUGGUUUAUCAAACAUUGAGAAGUUCAAUCAUUUGUUAAAUUGUCUUCAAGGCCAUGCAUUAGAAACUGUAAAGGCAUUUCAUGUUACCAAUGAAAACUAUCCAAAGGCUUUAGAGAGACUGAAGGCUCGGUACGACAACAGUACCUUAAUAUUCCUGGAAAAUAUCACAUCACUUUUCGAUUUGCCUGAGGUUUCAAAAUCAAAUUCGGAUCAAUUAAGAAGCCUAAGAUAA